CCUUUUCAAAAGCAAAUUGCUUAUGAUAAUCUCUCAGAAAGAUAUUCAUUCCUUUUUUCAACACUUCAGCUACAACCACAUGAUGGAGAAAAUUAAGAGUUAUGUGAAUUAUGUGCUAAAUGAAAAAUCAUCAACCUUUCUAAUGAAGGCAGCGGCAAAAGUGGUAGAAAGCAAAAGGACAAGAACAAUAACUUCUCAAGAUAAACCUAAUGGUAAUGAUGUUGAAAUGGAAACUGAAGCUAAUUUGGAUACAAGAAAAAGUGUUAGUGACAAACAGUCUGCGGUAACUGAAUCCUCAGAGGGUACAGUAUCCUUAUUGAGGUCUCACAAGAAUCUUUUCUUAUCUAAGUUGCAACAUGGAACCCAGCAACGAGACCUUAAUAAGAAAGAAAGAAGAGUAGGAACUCUUCAAAGUACAAAAAAGAAAAAAGAAAGCAGAAGAGCCACUGAAAGCAGAAUACCUGUUUCAAAGAGUCAACCGGUAACUCCUGAAAAACAUCGAGCUAGAAAAAGACAGGCAUGGCUUUGGGAAGAAGACAAGAAUUUGAGAUCUGGCGUGAGGAAAUAUGGAGAGGGAAACUGGUCUAAAAUACUGUUGCAUUAUAAAUUCAACAACCGGACAAGUGUCAUGUUAAAAGACAGAUGGAGGACCAUGAAGAAACUAAAACUGAUUUGCUCAGACAGCGAAGACUGAUUGUGUUUGUAAAAGCUUGAUGAAAGGACAGUUAAGUAUUUUGAUCACUGCAUUUUGUUUGAAACUUGUGUCAUUGAUGUAAUUUAAAACUUUUGUUUAAAGCAUUACAGUAUUUUUCUGUGACCAUCAAUUAAUAUGAGGGUUUGUGCUAUAAGAGUUAAAGCAUAUGCUAUCAUUGUAUUCUUUAAGAACCUUAUUUUGAUAAAAUGUAAAUUUGUUGAACCCUGCCACAUUUAGUAUCCCCACCCCCAAAUCCUGUUCCAAUGAAAAAAUUAAAACCUGAUACGAAAAA